AUGAACUCUGGAGGUAGCCACAUCAAUAAAUCAAUCGACAAAGUUGUCGUCGAGGACGAUGCUGUUCCUUAUCCUGUUGAAUUCCUCAACAGUCUGGAACCGUCCGGCAUGCCGCCACACAACCUUGAAUUGAAGAAGGGCGCAGUCAUCAUGCUUCUCAGAAACCUGGAUCAGCCAAGACUGUGCAAUGGUACACGUAUGGUUGUAACUGGACUACAGCCUCACAUUAUCAAAGCAAAAAUCCUCACUGGAUGUAGUAAGGGAGACAUUGUAUUUAUACCUAGAAUACCGCUGAUACCAACAGAUGUCCCCUUUCAUUUCAAACGAUUGCAAUUCCCAGUGAGAGUCAGUUACGCAAUGGCCAUUAACAAGUCUCGAGGUUAA